AUGCGUCAAGAGCUUGAUUUUGCAAAGCAUGAACUGAAGGCAGCCAAAACACCCGAAUCAAUCGAAGUGAAAAAUACGUUUUAUGAACAAAUACUGUUACAAUUUAAAGGACAGCUUGAAAAGACAGAGGCCAUGUUAAACGCUGUACCAUCACAAAAAGAGACACAUCGCAAAGAAGUUAUCAAAUUCUUUGAGAUAUUGCAAAAAUAUUAUGAAGAUUGUGCAACCGCAGCAACAAUUAAAUAG